AUGCUCAUCAAAUCUUACCCGGGUGGUGCGGCAGUCAAUGGGUCGUUGUUUGUUACGUUCUUGAUUACAUUUCUGCUCAUCACUUUCUCCGUUCCUGCGUCAAAGUCCUUCAUCCGGCUGACCGGAGUCUUGGCUCUCGCGAGCUUGACUUACGCGCUCCAGCUCUCGUCUAGUGAGUGGAUCGCCAAUCCUCACUGGCGUUCCGCAAUCGUUCCACUUUUAUGGAUUCAGUUCAUGAGUGCUUCUGAGCUUGUCCUAGUCAGAAGGUGGGAUGGCAGCUGGGAACCGGAUGCCCGCACCAAGAGCACAGCUGGGUUCGCCCCAUCUUCCGCCUCUCCCGCGGCCCGAACGUACGAAUCUCUGAUGCUGCUUUGGAAGCUCAGACGAAUCGGCACGAGGUGGCAGGUCAGAAAUGUUCCUGGAUUACAACAACGGUCUCCACACCCCCCAGAGAGCCGGGUCGCAUUCAUCUUGAAACGAUCUCUCAAGAUCCUGGUUGCCUACCAGGUGCUUAGCCUCAUGACGCAGGCCCCGCCUCCGGACCCGAAUUUUGUCGGUCGCGACAAACAAGCGCUGGCGUUUCAGGGUCUCGUCAGGCUGUCGCAAGCGGACAUCACCUUUCGCAUCAUUGGGACCCUGUCGUUCUGGGCCUGCACGGCUCUCAUAAACCUACUCAUGUUCGAAAUUGCUUGCCUCGGAUUCGUUGUCGUUUUUCUAUGCAAGGUCGAGGACUGUCCUCCACUCUAUGGGGAUUUCUCAUCUGCCUCAACCAUUAGGGGCUUCUGGGGUGGGCUCACAGGCCAUGCCGAUGUCAUUGAACACCACAUUUUCCCAUUUCGGCAAAGACUGGUUUCUAGAUACCUUCGUAUCUUUAUCUCUUUUUUCAUUUCUGGUCUGAUUCAUCAUACUUCUGACACGGCAAUGGGAAUGACAGCAGAGAACGCCGGUGCUUUUACCUUCUUCUUGUUGCAGCCGAUUGGAAUCAUCGCUGAAGAUGCUAUCCAGGCUAUCUCGAAACAAGUGCCAUUGUGUCGUUCGGCGUCCAGAGUUCGGGUCUUUGUCGGAUACCUAUGGGUUCUUGUGUUCCUUGCCUGGUCGACCCCAACGUGGUUCUAUCCCCAGCAAAGGCUCGGAUUGGAUGCAUCCGGACUUCUUCCAUUUCAUCCGAAUUUGUUGAAGCAGUGGAAUCUCCACUCCAAUUUUCACUAG